AUGGCGUACGCCCAUAGUCCACAACAUUGUUAUCAGAAAAAUCUGUCUCGUGAAAAAAAUUCAUCUAAUCCUUCACUUGUUGUUCAUGUUAAUAAAUUCGACAUUGUUCCAAAAGUUUUAAAUGAUUAUACAUAUCGAACUGAAGUUUAUUUACAACAACGAGAAAAACAAAAUAUUGAUAAAACGUCAUCACCAUCUACGUCAGCAACAAUAACAACAUGGAAAAUUUUGAAAUAUCAAAAAGAAAUGUUAAAAAAUGACCAAGCUGAAAUUGAUCGUGCUCUUUCAACAAUAAAUUCUAUUCAUGAAAUAUUCAAUCGUUCAGCAUCAAUACCUUAUAAUCAAGUUUAUUCUUCACUUUAUGGAGAUAAUAAUAAAUCAGAUCAUUUAAUGAAAACAUUUUGUCGAUGUCAAAAUCAUUUUAGGAAAGAAGACGAUGAUAAUCAUAUACAAACUAUAUCAAGUUCAUUUGUAAAUUUUGAAGAUACAGACUCAGAUUUAGACUAUAAUGAAGAUGAAGAAGAAAAGAAAAAAACAUAUGAUAGUGGUUACGAAACAUUCAAAUUAAUUCCUAUCGAUGUUGAUUUACAUACACAGAAGAAUAUGGAAGAACAUUCUACAAAUCAUUACGAUAUUCCAGGAUUGGUUUUACGACGUGGUCAAUCAUUUUCAUUUACGGUAACGUUUAAUAAAGAUUAUGAUAUUGAACAAAAUCAAUUAUAUAUUCGAUUAGCUAUAGGUCCUCGAUCUAUGAUAUCAAAACGAACACAAAUAAGACUUUUAGUUGAUGGAACACCAAGUGGUAAUGGUUGGUCAGCUAAAAGUAUUCCAAUUGAAGAUGAUGAUGUUAAAACGAAGAAGAAAAAUUGUAUUUCGCUUCAAAUUAAUUCUCCUUCUGAUGCUAUCAUUGGAAAAUAUACUUUACUACUUGAAGUGUGUCCAUCGAAGAACGAUGAUAAAAAAUUUCUAAAUAAACAAGAUCCUACAUUAUUUUUAAUUGAAGCUGAUCUCUAUUUUCUUUUUAAUCCAUGGAAUAAAGAUGAUGCAUGUGCAUUAUCAUCAUCUGAACAAAUAAAUGAAUAUGUUAUGAAUGAACAUGGACAAAUUUAUCUUGGUACAUCGAAUAAACCUCAACCAAUACCAUGGUAUUUUGGUCAAUUUGAACGAUCAACAUUACUUACUGCACUUACACUUCUUGAUAAAGCAAAAUUACCAGCACAAAAUCGUAUUGAUCCAUCAAUUAUAAUUCGUAUACUUUCAUCAAAAAUUUGCUCAAAUCCAGGUACAAAUAAUGGAAUAUUUCCAUCAUCAUAUGAUACAAAAGUUUAUUCAUCAGAAAAUCAUGGAUAUACAAGUAGUACAGGUAUAUUUAAACAAUAUCUUUUAUCAAAUUGUCGAUCAGUACAAGGUGGUUGUGGAAAUAAUUGGCAACAUGCAGCUAUACUUUGUAGUUUAAGUCGUUCAUUAGGUAUUCCAUGUCGUAUUGUUACAAUUUAUAAUGCAGCUUGUCAAACCGAUGGUACUGAAGAUAAUGAUACUCAUUGGGAUACAAAACAACGACCAUUACAUAAACUUAAUUUUGAUUUAAUAUGUUCUUCACAUGUAUGGAAUGAAUGUUGGAUGCGUCGUCAUGAUUUACCUAAUGAUGAACAAGAUUGGCAAAUUGUUGAUUCAACACCAGUACAAAUGUGUGAUGGUAUUCGACGUACAGGUCCAUGUUCAGUAUCAUCUUUAAAAAAUGAUAAAUUAAGUUUUCGAUGGGAUUCACCAUUUAUUCAUUCAACAAUCAAUGGAAAAAAAUCACAUUGGAUUGUUUAUCCAGAUGGUCAUAUGGAAUUAUUAGAUGUACAAGAAAAUAUAGUUGGUACUAAAAUAAUAACACGAUCAUUGGAUAAUGAAUUUGAACCAUCAGAUAUAACAAAGAAUUAUAAAAAUUUAAUGAAAACAUAUAAUAAAUAUGAUAAUAUACCUGAACGAAUAAAUAAUGACGUUGAUAUUGAAUUAAAAAUACCAGAUAAUAUUGAAUUUGGAGAUGAUAUUACAUUCGAAUUAAAUGCAAAUAAUAAAUCAAAUGAAAUACGUACAAUAGCAACAGCUUUAACAAUAUCGAUAUUAAGUAAUAAUGAUCAAAAAUUAAUUGUCUCACAUGAUCAACCAGUUCAAACAUUAAAUCUUGAAGCUGAAAAAAAUGAUCAUAUCCAAUUAAAAGUUACCAGUAAACAAUAUGCGUCUUAUGGUAAACAAGAAAAUAUCAUUCUUAAGUAUUAUAUACACUCAUUAAUCAAAGAAACCGAUCAAACAUUUACACGUGAUGAUAAUAUUGUCUUCAAUAAAUAUGAUAUUAUUAAACCAAUUCUUGAUGAAGAUGUCAUUGAAAUAGGCAAACCAGUAUUACUUAAAAUACUAAUUGCUAAUACUCUUUCACGUCCAAUAAAUAGUGGACAAAUUUAUAUUGAUGGUUUAGGUAUUAAUCAAAUAGUUCAUGUUAAUCGAUCAUUUGCACCUAAAGAAUCAACAACAUUACAUAUUAAACUUUAUCCUACUCGUAUUGGAGUUAGCCGUCUUUAUGUUACAUUUAUAUCAAAUAAUGUUUCCUCAUCAACACAAACAAUUCCUCUUGAAAUAAUUCGUGAACCAAUUAAACAACAACAUGAACGAAUUAAUGCACAAGAAGAACCAUUAUUAACAACUAAUACAGAAACAUCAGCAGAAACAGAUGAAAAAAACGAAAUACCAUCUAAAGAAAACAAACUAGUAACUCAAUCAAAUAUUUCUGAUAGACAAGAUGAAACACUGAUUCAUGAAGAAGAACAACAUCCAUUAGUACAAUCUCCAUCAUCAUUAUCAUCGUCAAUAAACAUUGCAGACGAAUAUCAAGAUGACAGAACUUCGAAUAUUUCACAACCGAAAUUUGAACUAUCAACAACUGAAGAUGACGAUGAUGAUAUUGCAGAACUUAAUUUAAAAAAAAAUCAAGAUGAAUCAUCCCCAAAUCCUAAUACUAGUUCAUCGUUACCUCAUGAUUCAACAUUAUCAUUAGAAAAAGAUAAAAUAUCCGUUGAUAGUUUGGAUAUAGCUCAUGAUCGUCGUUAUGGAACAAACAAUAAUCAAUGA